CUUUGCCUGUGUAGACCAUUAAGUAAUUCUCGUCUUAUACCGAGUCUUUUACAAGUCGCAUCCUUAAAGUUGGUAAUAAGGUGUUGCUCAAUUGAAGCCACUCAUAUAGCGACUUAGCUAGAUACAACUGCUAGGGGUCUAUGCUUCACGACAACUCAAAUGUGUGACUGACAAACCUAUCCAUUGUGUUCCGCGUUCAUUUGCCAAUUGAACCUUGUCAUCUCACCUGAACGACACCCAGAAGCCCAACAGAAUCGAAAUGCACGAUACGAUUGACCUGACGCUGGAUACCGAUGAUGAAGUGGAGCCUUGCCAGCCGAAGCGCCGUCGUUACAUCCCACCCCCGCCAAGCGGGUCCGAUGUCGUAAUAAUGUAUGAUACGGCCGACUCCGACGUACAAGAAGUCAGGCCCCCAAUGGACAGGCAAGCAGCGCAGGCUGCUGCGGGCCAGGACGCGGGAGGAGGCAGCGGCGAUGAUGACGACGGAUUCGACGACCUGAUUAUAACCGACGUGCGCGGCAAGGCGGCGACCGUCGACAUGCCGCAUGAGAGGCCCAACUGCGCGCACCAUCGCUUUACCAACGGCGUCGAUUUGUCUAACCGUAGCCACUGCGACAAAUGCUUCUGCUAUGUGUGCGACGUGGAGGCGUCCAAGUGCGAGUUCUGGGGCACGGCCCUCACCCCCAUGCCACCUCCCCCCUCGCAGGCGACCGCGCGCAGGACCACUGCAACGCCUCUGCGCGCGCCCCCUACAUCGCCCUCCGCCGGGCAGCCAGGGCGGGUGACACGGCGCGGGUGCGCGCGGAGUACCUGGGCGCCCCCAGCGCCCACGCUGCCAGCCAGCUCUCCUCCAGUGCCGCGCCGCAGCGGGCGGGCGGGCAGCAGGCGCAGUCCAGGCCGCCGCAAUCUGCUCCGCGACACACGAUGUCUGCACUGGCGGCGGCGGCGGCGAUGCCAGGUCACAUGGUUCAGCACAGGGGGGCCCUACCGGUGCCGAUGGAGCCGCUGCAGCAGCCGCUGCAGGUGGAGGAGAAGCAGCAGCUGCUGCAGCUGCAUGCGGGCUGGCAGGGCGCGGAGCAGCGGCGGGGGGAGCUGCGGAGGCGGGGGCACGCGUGGCAGGGCCAGGCGUUGGCGGGGGUGCCGGGGAUGGGCGAGAGAAUGCAGGGGCAGCACACCGCCCAGUACGCAGCUGGGUUGUAGGGGGUGAGGCAUUGAUGCCUGGUGCCGGGCGUGGCAGAGCAUGGAGAUGCAAGGCUGCAGGACGUGGUUUUGAGUGUGUGGGCAUUGGUCACAUCGCUGGUCUCCACGGCGGUUGACGUGUACAUAUCGGUAGCUAGGUGGUUGUGCAUACAGAGAUUGUCGCGCCUUGGGUCGCAAGUGUCGCGAGUUGAUGGAGCAUAUGUCGGGGUUUGCAGCAGGGGCAGAUGCUUACCGCAGGAUUUGCGGCUCUGGAGGUCGAGGCCCGGGCGGCUAGGUAAGAGCUUCCGGACCAUCGGGUACCGAUACCGGUAUACGACGGAUGGCAAAACGUCCUGUUGUCCUGUUGCCCCCCGCCCCCUUGCUGUCGUAGCUUCCCGUUUUCAUGUGAUGGGUUAUCACUCAAGGCGAAGCCCCUAAGGGCUGGGCUUGACGUGUGAGUGCGUUUGGAUGGUCCCGUUUACGGAUUUGUAGUUUACGACAGUUGUACCUUGUUGGCAGAUCUGUACAGGAGAGUGUGUUGAGUGGAUGCUGCUAGGCUGAGAGCAUUGUUGGUCGGUCGAGUCGCUUAUGGCCAAGCCCAACAGUGGGAUUGUUGCCCUUUGUUAUUUGAAUGUUGUUUUCGUUCCUUUCAUUUCGAGGAUUAGAUAAACUGAACCGAGGAUGGUUGCUGUCUUUCUGUAGUAGGAGGGACGAGGAGCACAGAGGAGCGUGUAGCGUUUGUAUGGACCCAUGGCCCAUUGGCCCUUUGCCCGAGCUUUGUCCAUGUCCUGAAAUGGACUGGCGUGCCCCGAUUGGGAAUGUGGGUAUCGGUUGCAGCGGGCUGGUACAGAGAGCUACAAGUAAGGAGGGUUCAGCUCUUGGACAAGGAGCCUGCAUGUUGUCAAGAACAGCUUGAAUGCUGUGUGCAAGGUUGUUUUUUUAAUGUGUCAGCUUCUGAACUUAGCAGCGGGUGCUCUCAUGACGAUGAAGCUGUCAGUUUGCCGGCCGUGUUCUGCUGUCUGCAUUGAAGUACAGCGGCAGGUGCUGGUUGGGACGUUUUACACAGGGUUGCAGGCUGUGAACGGGCAACCCUGGAGUGCAUCCAGUACGAUCCGUGGGCGUAUGAGCUCCUUGGGAAGGUUGUAGGAGGGGUACGAGCGCUAGGUGGCACACGUCAGCGUUGCUUGAUAACUUGACGGCUUAAGCCGCCACGCGAGGGCUUCGGUUAAAACCUUUCCGCCGCCGCCUUCCGCCCUGCAAUACCUACAUGUAAUGCUAGAGAAGG